AUGGGUAAUGCUGAUAUUGACACCGCCGCGCCGCCGCCGCGCUCGACAGCCGACAUCGAAAAUGGGGUGGGCGAGAAGAACAUUGAUGCGCUUACCAAACCCGAAGCGGAUCCUGACAACUGUCACGAUGCCCCUUCCUCGGUUCAUGAGAGUGUCGCGUCUCAGUUCUCGAAUAACGAGAUUUGCUUCGUGAAGAGGAUCAUACGCAAGGCGCUGCAGAAAUCGCAUGAGGAUCCCCUCGUCGACGAAACGCCGCCCGAUGGCGGCUUCAAAGCGUGGCUGAUUGUGUUCUUCGCGCACCAGGCUGGCUUCAACAGCUUUGGCUUCAUCAACGCGUAUGGCGUGUUGCAAAGCUACUACGUUUCGGCGCUGGAGCUGCCGCCGUCGACGGUGUCGUGGAUCGGGUCACUGUGCGCCUUCUUGAUGCUGUUCACGGGUACCUUCUCCGGACGUUUGUCGGACGCCGGGUACUUCCCCCAGAUGCUCAUGAUGGGCACCGUGAUCCAGAUUGCCGGCUUCCUCGGCGCUUCCUUCUCGACUAAGUACUGGCAGAUUCUGCUCGCGCAUGGCGUCUGCCUGGGUGUCGGUGGCGGCUUGGUCUUCGUGCCUGCUAUGUCUAUAGCCGGGACCUACUUUCAGAAGAAGCGCCCUUUGGCGCUCGCCUUUUGCGCCAUGGGGAACUCGAUCGGUGGAUUGGUGUUUGCGGCCAUCCUGCAGCAGACUAUCCCGAAGCUGGGAUAUGAGUGGGCGAUGAGGAUCUGUGGGCUGCUAGUCAUGGCUAGUAGCAUCCCGUCGAACUUCGUGAUGCGGCCGAUGAAAUUGCGGAGAGUGAAGAUCCCAAUUAUCGAGUGGGGUGCUUUCAGGGAGAUUGAGUACUCGUUCUUGUCGACAGCUAUGUUUUUGACAUAUUUGGGCUUGUGGGUGCCGGUGUUUUACCUUGGAUCCUUCGGUAAAAACAUUAUUGGUAUUUCCACCGAAAAGGCAGCUUCUCUGAUCCUGAUCAUCAACGGAGGCGGAAUAGCAGGGCGCGUGUUGCCUGCCUUGUUGGCCUCGAGAUUGGGACCCCUCAAUCUCAUGAUCCCGCUGACUUUUUUGUCGGGUGUGAUCUUGUUCUGCUGGGCCUCCGUCCACAGCUACAAGGAUAUUAUAAUAUUUGACGUUUUCUACGGGUUUAUCAUGGCUGCGGGGCAAGGCAUGCUUCCCCCGUCUUUAGGAAGUAUGACCAAAGACCGAUCGAAAAUGGGAGUUAGGAUGGGGAUGGUCUUUACGAUAUGCGGGAUUUCCUUGUUGAUUGGACAGCCGCUUGCUGGAGCAUUGAUUGAGGCUAAUGGUGGCCAGUAUCUAUAUACGCAGAUGUAUGGCGGCGCCAGCAUGAUUUUGGGGGCACUAUUUAUGUUUGCAGCGAGGGUGCGAGUAGCGGGAUGGGAUCUAGCUGUGAAUGUUUAG